GGGAACCUGAGAAAUUCCAGGAACUGUCCACUGAACUCUCCAACACGUCUCUGUGUCUGUGUAUCUGACAACCCCGGACUAGAGAUGCUGGGCUGUGGCUGUGCUGUGCUCUCCUGUCUUCUGACGCUGACGCUGUUCCACUGUAGUGUCGACAGCCUUCACCUGACUCAAGAAAGCCGUGAGUAUGGAGCCAUGGAGGAGCCGGUGUCCAGGGGCCGGCCGGUGGAGCCGAAGUCUCCUGAGGGCAUCACAGCCAAGCUGCUGCUGCUGGACCAGCAGGUGGCGCUAGAGAACGACGUCAUCGAGACCAAGAAGAAGAGAAGCUUCCCGGGGUCCAACACCCCAAUGGACCGCAUCUCCAUCAGCACAAUGGACAACAGCAACAAAAACAACAACAAGCAGAGGAAAGUCGUCGAGUUACCAAGGCGAAGGGUGAAUGUUCCCAUUGACCGGAUCGGAGUGGGCCGCCUACCAAGUAACCGAGGAUAAGAACGCCACUGCCUCCGUACCCCCCUCUCUUGUGAGACUGGGGCAUCAGUCCAGCUGGCAGCAACAUGGAACGCAUAACAAACCCAUCUCCUCAGUCUCUCUCUGCUCCGCCUCGCUUCACACCUGAGCUCUUAACACGGACACAAGACGCCAUGUCCACAGCCAGACUCCCUCCUAAUCCCUCAUCACCAACACUUCUGCACUCUUUUUACACUGCCUAUAAUCCCAGAUUAGAGUAGAAAGCAGAAAAAUACACGGUCCCAGCACUUCACCCUGACACCACACCAAGCUCCCGUUCCCUAUCCAAAAGCUCCCGUUCCCUAUCCAAAAGCCGUCACCUGUAUCCCUAUCCAAAAGCUCCCGUUCCCUAUCCAAAAGCCGUCACCUGUAUUGAUACUCAGUAUUCGUAUACUUUAUAAAGCCUUAUGACGCUCUAUGACUACCACAAAGCUCUGUGUACUUCUCACUGCGUACAGCUAUGCCCCCCUUUACAAUAGCAGCAUUAUACUCCACAAGCACAGGAACCCCAGCACACUAUGUAGGGCCUCACACACCUUGUGCCUUAGACCCGCUUGCAGAGGGGAUGGGCAUGGUCUCCGUGGUAACUACAGAACAGCACUAUUUACCCCUGUCGCCUGAGCGCUGUUGUUUGUUAAUCUCACUGUAGUAAACUCACCCUGUUCCGUUCUGCACCAAGACAGGAGGCCCACUGCCUCGACAU